GCCUGGACAAGUCACACUCAGACACACCUUGUUGAUUUCUGCUCUCACCUCUCUGUUGAUUGGUCAGAUUUCAGGUCACAGUUUAGUUUUCUCUCAGCCAUGAAGCCACUACUUGAGCCGAACCUGUGUGGACGUAAAGACUUGCAGCUCUGAUGAUGAAGCUGGCGUUGUUGUUGCUGCUGACUCUGUCCUCAACUAGUCUUCAGGACGUAGUGAAGGACUCACAGCACAGAAAUGACCUCGUCCUGGACCCAAAUCUAGAGGACAGAGGUCCUGAAAUCACAGCUAACACAUCGUCUCUGAAACAUCAACAUCUUCUGUCUCCUCACAAGAUAAGACAGAAAAGACAUCCUCUGCCUGAUCCCUCCACAUUUAAUACUAAUGGCCAACUUAAAUGGCAGCGCUGGGAUGGUUCUCUCUCCAACGAAGCUGUUUCGAUUGACAACACAUAUGUUGGACGCAAAGACUACGUCUGUAAAUACCAGUGCCAUGCUGGCUUCUACAAUCCCAACUCUGGUUCUUACUGCCACUACACCAAUGGAGGUGAAGUGCAUAAAGACCCCUCAUUCGAGAUCCUUGUGAAUGAAAACAAUUUUGAGAUCCUGGAGUGGAAAAAGGGUUCAGCUAAUUCAGCUGUCCAACAUUCAGUCAGGACCUGUUCUAGUGAUGAAAUCUAUGUCGGGAGAAACGAGUACGGUCUUGGGAAGGUGCAUCAGAUAAAGAAGACCUUCUUUCUUCCUUGGAAAACUAAAGUAUAUACAUACGGGGAUAAUUACGAGGUCCUGACAGUCAGUAAGGAUGUUAAGAGUGAGCACAUCUCCAAAGUUGAGUACAACAAUAACGAGGCUAAAAUCACCCAGUAUCCUUCAGCGACCAUGCAUGUUUCUACGAUUGUCAACAAUGAGUGCAGUUCAACGUUGAAAACAUUUAAUUUUUCAAAGACAUAUCAGAUGAAGAGAAGGUGGGACAUCCACUCUUCAGUCAUGCUUGGUGAAAAGAGGACCAUCUCUGCAGCAAUACCUGUCAUAAUGUUGAAUUUAGGCACUGUGGGACUUCCCGUCAGCCAGUCGAAGAAUAUAAGUAUGGAGAUCAGUCCGGAGUUGUCACCCGAGUACUCGGGAGCACUCACCGAUACACAGGACUUCACCCACUCUACUUCUCUGGAGCUCAACAUCCCACCAAACCACUACUGCAGAGCUUAUAUAGCGGAAUAUCAUUUCAAGGUAAACAUCCCAUUCAGCGCACGCCUCGACCGCACAUACGGCAAUGGAAAGUCCACAGGGAGAUCCGUCACUGGGACCUAUGAAAACAUCUGGAAUGGAGAAGUCCAAGCUGUGGUGGACCGAUGUGAACCUGUAGCUAAUGCCUCGCCUUGCCCCGAAAAUCCUGAUCCUAAUUCACAUGUACCAUAAUAACAAAUGUGAAAAAAUGUCUUGUGCAUGUUUGUAUGAAGCACAUGUCAAGAUAUUUCCUUGAAUGAGAUGAAUGAGACAGCUCUCAUUUAUGCACUAUGUUAAUAUAAUGUACUUUUAAUUUCUCUUCAAUUAUUGUUUUGUAAUCAACAAAUAAACCUGUGAAAAGUUUAUAUCAGACCUUGUAAGUCACUUUUGAGGUAGCAUUCAAAACAUCUGCUGCAGUAUCACUAAAAUGUUAAUUAAUUACAAAUCUUGUCCAUUUAUGCACAUGUAAACACACA